AUGGCGGUCAAUUACCUAACGAGCGUGCCGAAGCUUGUUGGUUGCGAGAACUAUGAUGAGUGGUGGUACGCCGUGAAAAAUGUGUUAGUGCUUGAAGGAUUGAGCAAAUGCAUCGACGGCAGAGAACAGGACACCACGUUGGUUAUGAAAGCCAAAGCCAAAUUGAUUUUAACCAUUGACCCAUCCUUAUUUCCGCAUGUGAAAGAUGCGAAAACGGCGCAAGAAGUUUGGUCGAAGUUGAAAAAUCUGUAUGACGACAGUGGCUUUAUGAGGAAAAUUGGGCUCCUGCGAACGUCAAUCUUCGCCAGACUAGAAAACCAUGAUUCUGUGGAAACCUACACAAAUCAGAUUGUCGAGACGUCCAAGAAAUCAAGGAGGGCAGGUUUAAAGAUAGAUGAAGAGUGGAUUGGAUCUCUUCUUUUGGCUGGACUCCCGGAGAAAUUCGCGCCCAUGAUAAUGGCGGUAGCCAGAUUACAACAGAUUCGAUAA